CGUGCGAGAGGGUCCGACGUCGAGCGCUUUAAGCUUAGAGCGAGACACAUAGAUGAUCGCCCUUCGCCCUCGCUCGAGCCAUGCAGCGAGCAGCUACGCCGACGCCGACGCCGACGCCGACGGCAGAGGUGUGGCUCUCGGCGGCGGCACCCUCGCACCUCCGCUCGACGAUCACCGCAUGCAAGGCGCCACCUCGUGAUCGUCGCUGCGAGUUCGUGCUGCGCCUUGCUUGUCACGCUGCGGAGGCAUGCACGCACGCCUCUGCCGUCUGCUUCCGCCGAUGCAGCCGCUCAGCGCAGCACAAGCGCUCCUGCCGCUGCGAGCACCUCUCCUGCACCAGCCGCUCAGCGAUGCCGCUUGGCGCGGCCCACGUGUAAUGCGCCGCUGCGUUCCGCCCAACGGCCGAGGCGCAUCCAAACAGAUCGAGGAAUCGGGCACCCUCGCCUCGCCCCCUCGGCCCCGCUCUCCCCUUUGUCGUCGGGCGCCAUGCGCAUGCCUCUCGCCAAAAGGCACACAAGGGGCGUCGCAUGCGGCACUGGCUCCCUUGUUUCUGCCGUGCGCCACAGCCCGGCGCUGCGGGUGCUGCUGCAGGCGCGGGACAAGGGCGGGACGCACAGCAGCGUGACUUCAAAGGAAGAGGCGUCGUGUGCGUCGGUGCUGCGCGGCUCCGGAACGGCGAGCUGCGCCUCUGGGGCCCGGCCGAGCGGCACGGCGUCGGCUGCGGCUGCGGCCCGGCAAGCU